GUGCCAGCUAGCUGGGGUAGAGAAACUCCUCACAAAGGCUGAAUGGGACUUGUAAAUGGCAGUAGCAGAAAACACUGCAGGAUUUGGAAAAAUUAUUAACAUUUUCUUUGAAGAAAUUCAGGGUUUUCCGAACAGAAUGAGGAUCCUGAAGAGAGCCUGUUCAGUCAUCCUGAGAACAGGAGUCAGGAGGUACCAGAACACAUGCAACAAGGAUCUCUUCUUUAAGGUUCAUCCAUCUGUGUCUCAGUCAUUGGCUGAAAACAAGCCGGUGGUUGCACUUGAGAGCACCAUUGUCACACAUGGCAUGCCUUACCCACACAACCUCAGCACUGCCACAGAGGUGGAGGCUAUUGUACGAGCUGAAGGAGCCACUCCUGCUACGGUUGCAGUGAUCGAUGGGGAAAUCCGCGUUGGUUUAUCGGCUGAUGAGCUCAACUAUCUCGCCCAGUCCAAGAGCCUGCUGAAGGUUUCACGACGUGAUCUCCCUUAUGUCGUUAGCAAAGGUCUCUCUGGAGGAACGACAGUCUCAGCUACCAUGAUAGCAGCACACAGAGCUGGCAUCUCUGUUUUUGUCACAGGAGGCAUUGGAGGAGUUCAUAGAGAUGGACAGAACAGCCUGGACAUCAGCGCUGAUCUGACAGAGCUCAGCAGAACUCCUAUCGCCGUGGUCUCUGCUGGAGUCAAGUCCAUCUUGGACAUUGGGCGCACCCUGGAGUUUCUUGAGACACAGGGUGUGUGUGUGGCCACUUACGGACCAUCAGAGGAUUUCCCAGCCUUCUUCACUCCACACAGUGGAUUCACUUCUGCAUACAAUGUUCACAACCCUAGUGAGGCUGCAAAGCUCAUUGCUAGCGCCUUGCUGCUGGGUCUUCAAAAUGGUGUCCUGAUAGCAGUGCCCAUCCCAGAAGAGCAUGCGGCAGCAGGUCAGCAGAUAGAGGAAGCUAUACAAGCUGCAGCGACUGAGGCGAGUCUCAAAGGCAUCACAGGUAAAGAUGUAACACCCUUCAUUCUUCAAAAGGUCAGUGAUCUGACUCAAGGAAAGUCCCUGCAAUCCAACAUUGCUCUGAUUCGUAACAAUGCUAAAGUUGGCAGUCAGAUCGCUUGUGCAUUGUCAAAACAAGUGAGAGAAAAAACAUCAAAAAGUCUAAUCAGUCAACCUGGAAAAGUAACAGCAGACUCAGAUGUUGUUGUCAUUGGAGGAAUUAAUGUUGACUUCAUAGCUAAAGGCAAAACAAAAGAACUUCAAUUUGGACAAACCAACCCAGGAAGCGUGGUUCAGUCAUUUGGUGGUGUGGGACGAAACAUCGCAGACUCUCUGAGUAGAUUAGGCCACAAACCCUUGUUCAUCUCAGCCACUGGAGCUGAUGCAAACGGUGAUGCUGAGUUAAACUACUGUAAACAUAUGAACACAAGUGGUGUGGCUAGGCUAGAUAUGCACGCCACAGCAACAUACUGUGCUGUUAUUAAUGAAAAUGGAGAGCUGAGUCUUGGACUGGGAGACAUGGACAUCCAUCAGGAAAUCACAGAGCGAUAUGUGUCACAGUUUGAGAGGCAGAUUUCUUCAGCUCCUCUUGUGUGUCUUGAUGGAAACAUCCCAAUCUCCACCAUCAACUAUGUCUGCUUGCUUGCAAAAAAGCACAACAUAAAUGUUUGGUUUGAACCUACGGACAAAGAAAAGGCUCGUAAACCCUUCCUGUCUGAUGCCUGGAAGUUUUUGUCCUAUUCAUCUCCAAACUUGGCAGAGCUGUGCAUCAUGAAUAAAACCUUGGGUAUCUCCACCCCAGAUGAGCUGCCAAACACUCUCGAUGAGAUCCUGAAAGCUGCUGCGGCUCUUUCACGCCCUCUUCUGGAGCAUCUUCACUGUUUAGUGGUGACUCUUGGACCUCAUGGUGUGCUGCUGUGUGGAGAGCAUGAAGCAGGCACCAUUAACUUGCAACCAAGAAAACUGAAGAAAAGGAAGCAGAUUUGUGCUCUACACUACCCAGCGAUGACUGUGACCCCAGAGGAGAUACUGAACGUGUCAGGCGCAGGAGACAGUCUUGCAGGAGCUUUAAUAGCAGGGAUUCUCCAGGGGAAAGACACUGACACCUGUGUUCAGAUGGGGCUCCUGGCUGCAAGGAUGUCCCUUUCCUCACCACACCCCAUCUCCCCGAUGCUCACCUUAGACUCUGUGGAUCCCAACAAAAUCCAGACACAAAAGUGGCAAAAGCCAACAUUUGUUAAAAUAGAUCAAGAUUCAGGCAUACAUUUUUGAGUUUUACUUGUAGUGGGCUAUUUUAAUCAAAUCUUGUUUAACUUAAAAUCAUACAAGAAGUGGAUUAAAUUGUAACUGUGUUAUUGAAUUUUAAUACAGUAAGUUUUAUCUUUUCAGAUUUGAUACUUUCUGUUAUUCUGUAAUAAAAUACUUGAAGUUA